AUGUCACGUCCGAUAACACCGACGCAUCACAAGUUGGCUGAAAAGUUAACAAUUUUGUGUGAUCGUGCAAAUGGCAUGCUCAUUAGAAUAUAUAACAUCAAAAAGAUGAUGGGUAAUCCAGAUACAAAACCUCAUUUUUUCUCCGACAAAUCACUGGAUUCUGUUAUAAAAACUGUCGUCAAAAAGUUCCCAACAGUAUCCUCCACCAGCUUCUCAACUUUAUUAUCACCUAUGAAAGAAGAUAUCAUCAAAUCUUUGUCGUUAUAUUAUUAUACAUUUGUGGAUAUAAUGGAUCUUAAGGAUCAUAUUACAGAUUUAUUGACUACAAUAGAUGCAUCGCAAGUUCAUUUUGAUAUAACAUUGAAUUUCGAUCUGACCCAAAACUAUCUUGAUCUUAUUUUUUCCUACUUCUGCAUAAUGAUUUUGCUGUCCCGAGUUGAAGAUAGGAAAGCAGUGCUAGGAUUGUUCAACGCUGCUUUUGAACUACAAAACAAAAAAGUAGAAGAUUCAUUUCCUCGUUUGGGCCAAAUGAUUAUUGAUUACGACACACCUAUCAAGAAGCUGUCUGAAGAAUUUAUCCCUCACUCCAAGUGUCUUUCCCUAGCUCUCAUGUCAUUAAGUGAUGCUUUCAAGAAAAGAACGCAAAGCGCGGAUGAUUGGAGAGCCUCUCAGUUUAUGAGUGUCUUAUCUGAACCCAACAAACUUAUGCACUCGUUGUUCUCUGACACGGCUCAAUGUGAAUAUUUGUCGUUGGAUCUUAUGGAAAGAUGGAUAGCUGUUGGAUUUUUGUUGUGCUACCAACAUUUGCAAACGCCUGACUGUUAUGAAUUGUGGAAAUCUGCUAUGCAAGGCAGUUAUGUGUUGUCAUUGUGUCGGGAUGAAGUUAUUCACAUUCACAGUUUUGCUAUUGGCUUCUUAGAAAAUAUCAAAGGAUUCAGUAAAAAAGUGGCGGAAUUGAAGGACGUAUUCUCUCAAACACUCAACAAUAACCCAUUGAUGCAUCGAGAAAGACGAAAAUUUUUGAGAACAUCGUUAAAAGAGUUGGGCAUUAUUUUCACCGAUCAACCUGGCUUGCUGGGUCCCAAGGGUUUAUUGCUGCUGAUUGGAUUAUCACUGGCUCGUGAUGAAGUGCUGUGGAUGUUGAGGCACGCAGACAAUUUGCCUCAAAAGAAAGGGAAUGUGAAAGCCCACGGAGAUGAUCUGAACGACAGGCAAAUAGCUGAACUGUUAUUUCACAUGGAAGAAUUGCGAGGUUUGGUGAGGAAAUAUUCGCAAGUCAUACAAAGAUAUUAUAUCCAGUAUUUACUCGGCAGUGAUGCUAGCAUCCUCAAUCAGCUAAUUCAGGCAUUGCCUGCAUUUUCGGAAGAUGAGUCAUCAAUGUUAUCGUCAAUCUACAACAUUAUUGCCAAUGUUUCGACCAAGCAAGUUGAAGCCAACGAACCUUUUGAUUUCUUUGGUUUAAGGCUUGAUUGGUUCAGACUGCAAUGCGUUCUAAGUGGUUCAAGAAGUAGUCUGCAUUUGAAGUCGAUGGUUCAGUUGGCUAAGCACAUGAACACAAUCAGUUUUCAUUCGAAAAUGGUUGACUCAUUGGACCAACUUCUUACUGAAGCAUCUGAUUUAUCCAUAUAUUGCUUCUACACGUCGAUACUGGAGCAGCAGUUCAAGCAGUGCAUGGAGUUUCCUGCCCAGCACAGGUUCUCAAUCUCCUUCCCCCUCAUAUGCUCGCACUUCAUGUCCACCACUCAUCCACUCUGUCCUGAGGAGAGACAUUCAAUCGGCACUACUAGCAUUCAGUAUGCUCAUUGGUUUCUGAAAGAAAUGUCCGAAGAAGUGAAUCAAGUGAUCACAGCCAUAUGUGAGGAACAAUGCCUCCUUGCUGACAAGUUGUUGCCAAAGAAUGCUGUUUCUUUGGUCGCAAGUAGCGCAAUCAAGAAAAAGGAUAAGAAGAACAAGCCACAAGUCGAAGAUGAGAAGCCUGGAGAUGAAAGUAGAAGAAAACAUAGAGAAGAAUUUACUAGAAUGGACAAGUUACACAUGGCACUGACAGAGUUGUGCUUCUCCAUAAAUUACUGCAAUAUCAUCAACGUCUGGGACCACGGCUUUGUUCCAAGAGAAUUCUUCAGCCAGCAACUUGAAGUUCGAUUUAACCAAUGCUUAGUCAACAUGAUGGUGUACAACGGGGAGACGAAGGAUGUAGUCAAACCUUCUGAACUGUUGAGUAACAUCAAAGCCGUUAUGAGUGUACUCCAGUCUAUUGAAAAUUAUGUUCAUAUGGAUAUAUCAAAAGUGUUCAACAGUGUUUUACCGCAGCAAUCUCAAGCAGUGGACAGUUUCAAUGGAGAGCCGACAGUUUGCGCCAAUUACACGCAGUGGUACUUGGAUGUGCUGCUUCGUCGAAUAGGAGCUGGCCAUGGUAUAUAUUCUGAAAAUCACAAAGCUUUCAUCAGUACCGUCGUUGACCCACAAUCCAACUUCUUCAUUGAAGAGUAUGCUGACCUGAUGGAAUUACGAGCGUUGGCCGAGUUGGUCGGCCCAUAUGGCAUGAAGUACUUGAACGAGAAGCUGAUGAACCAUAUCUCCAACCAGUUUGAUGAAAUAAAAAAGCUAGUGAUUCAGAACAAACUGGUGUUGAUGGAAUUGAGGUCUAACUUCGAUAAGCCAGAAUUGAUGAAAGAAUUACAAAAAAAAUUGACCAGUGCUGAUGUUUUGCUACAAAGGAUGACAACUAUUGGUGUGCUUCUGGCUUUCAGAGGACUCUCUCAAGAUGCUCUGCUAGAUAUCCUGGAAAUUAGAAUACCCUUCCUGUUGAAUUCUAUCAAGGAUUUCCAACAGCAUGCUCCCAAUGGACAAGAGUCCAUGAUUGUGAAUGAGAUGGCAUCGGCUGCAGGACUGUCGUGUGAUGUUGAUCCAGCUCUGUGCGCUGCACUCAGACAACAAAAACCCGGAGAAGAUGAUUAUACAGUGGCCUGUUUGUUAAUGGUUUUUAUAGCAGUUGCAAUUCCAAGACUUGCUCGUACGGAAUCUUCAAUAUUCAAGCCUGCCUAUGAAGGCCACAACAACAACAUACACUGUCUUUCCAAAGCUAUCAACAGUCUGGCUGGUGCUUUGUUCACAGUGCUUGGACAUGGAGAUGUCGAGGCCAGGCUGAAAGAAUUUCUUGCAUUAGCUUCGUCCAGCUUGUUGAGGCUAGGUCAGGAAGUGGACAAGGAGGCGAUCAAAAACAGAGAAUCCGUCUAUUUACUUCUUGACCAGAUAAUACAAGAAUCGCCAUUCUUAACAAUGGAUCUGCUUGAGUCAUGUUUUCCUUAUGUCUUGUUACGGACAUCAUACCAUCAUGUCUACAAACAGGUCGACCAAAUUUGAACAAGGGACAAUUUUGAAGAAGUGUAAUGUCGCCGAGAAAGAACUAUAACUUAAAUUUUUCAGUUCAUUGAAGACGAUUUUGUAAAAUUUACAAAUUUUAUUGACAAAUUUAAAUAAUGUUAUUAAUAAUAUUUAGCAAUUAAGUAUACAAUCAAUUUUACAACAUUUUCUAGUGAACGCUAAAUGUUUUGUAUUUUAAAUAUCUUAUAAUAAUUUUGUUUUUGUUUUAUUUUUUCGAUUUUUUUUAUAUUCUUCAUUUACUAUAAGCUGCGUCAAAAUUAUUUGAAAUUUAUUUGUUUCUUAGUUUGAAUUGUCGUUUCUUUACAUUGAUUGUUUAGAUUGUUCAAAAAGUGACUCAUUCAUAUUUUUUAUGUUGUGUACCAUGUAAAUAGUAUGUUCAUGCAUAGCUUUACUUUUUAAAUUUUAUGGACACGUUAAAAUGCUCGUUACCGAUUACAACCUUUCGUUGAGUGUUUCUGUAAAUUGUAAUCUUAGUUUGAAAAUGAGGUGUUUUUGAUUGAGCUGAUUUAAUCAUAUAUGUUAUAAUACAUAAAUGGAGCUGGUCAUAUGCAUAGAAUAGAUGCUUAGGUCCUCGUAUUACAAAAAUAUUUUUGGGGUUUGUGAAGGGU